CGUUUGUGUUUUUACCGAAGAAGAAAAAAAAGAAAAGAAAAAAACAAAUCUUGACGAGACACAGUCUGUAAUAAACGAAUAAUAAUAAUCUGUCACAUUUCUAAACGCGACGCAGUGAUGCUACAGCGGGAAAUUUGUCAAGAUGACCUGGUGAAGCUCGAUCAGAUUAAAAACACAUGAUCAGAUGAUCGACCGCAGCGCGCGAUGGAGCGCACGGAUCACCUGACGAGCAGAGAUUAUAGAGUCAUCAGAAAGAUCGGAGAGGGAACUUUCUCUGAGGUCAUGAAGGUUCAGAGUCUGAAGGACGGGAAAUAUUACGCCUGUAAAACCAUGAAACAGCCCAUAGACAGUGUGGAUCAGGCUCACAGUCUGAGAGAAGUUCAAGCCAUGAAGAGACUCGGUCCACAUCUCAACAUCCUUCAGCUCCAUGAACUCGUUUACGAUCAAGACUCUGGAACUCUGUCAUUGAUAUGUGAGCUCAUGGAAAUGAACAUGUAUGAAUUUAUUAAAGGGCGGCAGUACCCUUUGGCCGAGAGGAAAGUCAAACAUUACAUGUAUCAGUUGUGCGGAUCUCUGGAUCACAUGCACAGCCAUGGAAUAUUUCACAGAGAUGUGAAGCCAGAGAACAUCUUGAUCAAAAAUGAUGUGCUGAAGCUGGCAGACUUUGGCUCGUGCAGAAGCAUCUACUCCAAACCUCCUCACACAGAAUACAUCUCCACCCGCUGGUACAGAGCACCUGAAUGUUUGUUGACAGAUGGACAUUACUCUGAGAAGAUGGACAUGUGGAGUGCCGGAUGCGUCUUCUUUGAAAUCCUCAGCUUGAGUCCUCUGUUCCCUGGACAUAAUGAGCUGGAUCAGGUGAACAAAAUCCACGAUGUUCUGGGCACACCAGACAGCACACUACUGAAGAAGUUCAAACAGUCGCGUGCGAUGCGCUUCGAUUUUCCACCUCGCAAAGGCUGUGGAAUCGCUCAGCUCAUUCCUCACUGUUCUCCAGCCAGUCAGUCUGUGCUGCACCUGAUGUUGACCUAUGACCCGGAGGAACGCAUCAGCGCCCGCACAGCACUGCAGCACCCCUGCUUCAGAGAACUGCGAGCGACAGAGAGAAAAGCAGCACGGCUGCGGAAGGUCAUCGGAGCCGCGGAGGGAGAGUCCAGCGGGACGCCGGCAUCUGUCGAUCAGCUGUGGCGAAUGGCACGGCAGGGCAGAAGACAGCACUUCAGGCAGCCCGGCGACCCUUUAAAUAGACGAAACGCCUCCUACUUUCCGUUGGAGCUCCCGAAACUCAACGUUGUGGUGCCGACUGCAAAAAUCCCCUAUCCGGUGUCCACCUUCCCCGCUCUGACCAUUUCACACCGCGGCUCUCUGCCCGCCAUCGCCAAAAAGUGCCACUCGCGUCUGACCAAACCCAAGGAAGAGACACAGCGUAUCAAGAGCUACUACAUGCCACCGCUAGAACGCAAUCCAGACGGCUACUAGACUCUGAUUGCAAGAAACAGCCUUUUGCCUUCUACAGCACGCAC